AUGACUGUGUUUGAUAUUGCUAAUAAGGAAAAUGAAAAUAAGGCUGUCAAUAAACGCAAAUCAGUGCAAAUGGAGUAUGCUCGACCGCAAAGCCAUUUAAGGUUUUCUAAUCAUUCACAUUCACCACCUCCAUCUAAAGCUCAACCUGGACUUCCACAGCUAUCUACUAGAUUUGUAUCUACAUCUGCUCCCACAUCGAACCCUUUGUCAAAGAUGCGGAAAACUACAUCCACCAACAAAAACUUGCUGCGGCCCAUAUCAGAACUGCAUAGACUACGUCAACUCAUCUACGAGAAACAAUUGGAGUUGGAUAGUUUAAAUACCGAGCUGGUUACACUAACCACACAAACAGAGACACAACUCUUGCAUAACUUUACCAUCGAAAAUGAAUAUAUGACUUUUGAAAGAGAAUUAAGCAAGCUUAAAAGCAAUAUAGAAAGUCUCCGAGAUUAUGAGCAAAUUUCAUUGAGCGAAGUGCGCAAGAAAUUUGAUAUCAAAAGUCAGGAAAUGAUGAUUCGGCAUCAGAAACGACUCCAUGCACGAAAAGAAAGCAUAGCUCUGCAGAUUGAAAAAAUUAUGGCGGAAAAACAGGAAAAAUAUGAUAAUGAGAUUGAUGAGCUCAACAAGAAAUUAGUGGAUUUGAAUGAAGAAAAAGAUCUAUUGCAACAAAGUUACCAACAGAAUGUAGCAUUCUUCAAAGAACAAAAAUUAAUGGAAACUGAUAAAAUGGAGACAACUUUGCAGAAAGAGCUUCAACUGAACGAGUCAAGUAUGGAACAAAUUGAACAAUCUAUUUUGGAUCUACAAAAACAGACAAAUGUAUUAACUGAAAUGGAUAUCCCAAAACUAGAAAAGGAUCUUGGUCGAUACCAGUCACUAUUGGCACAAUUGAGCACCAAAAACAGUGACAAAGAAAAAGAGUUGCAAGAUUUCCAAACUCAGAUAUCUGCAAAUAAAGCACGCAUAACCUCGCUUAAGCAAACGUCGGUGUUGAGGGCUGAAGAAUCUGAGCGUAUGCAAUUUGAAAUCAAAAGGAUGCAAGAAGAACUAAUCGACCAAGACUUUAAGCGUCGAAUCUUGCAUUCUCAGCUUCAAGAACUCAAAGGGAAUAUUCGUGUUUUCUGUCGAAUAAGAGCAGUAAGCCCGGGAUCAUCGUUGAUCCAAUUUGACUUGCCCGAUGAUGAUGAUGAUGAUGAUGAUGGCGGUGAUGAUGACGGUGAUAAUGGCGGUGAUGGUAUCAAAAGCAAUACCAAUACCAAUACCAAUGUCAACAUCAACAUCAACGACGAAGGCAAACAGGAGUUAACCAUGACCAAGAACAAUAUUGGGAUUUCAAACACAAGCAGCACCUUUAAAUUCCAAUUUGACAAGAUUUUCUCCAUGUCUCAGAGUAAUGAGGCCAUCUUCGAAGAGUUUUCGCAACUUAUACAAUGCUGCAUCGAUGGCCAAAAUGUCUGCGUGUUUGCAUAUGGCCAAACAGGGUCUGGAAAGACCUAUACAAUGUCAACGCCUCAGACUGGAAUGAUUCCACUUUCAAUAGCCAAGAUAUUCAACGACAUCGAUGAGUUCCAACAACACCAUCAGCAAUGGAGGUAUAAAGUGUCGGGCAGGUUCAUAGAGAUUUAUAAUGAAAACAUUGUUGAUUUGUUAAAUCCUCGACCUGGGCACAAGCAUGAGAUCAAGCACGAUGAUGAUAGUUGCAAGACGAGCAUCAGUGAUGUCACCACUAUACCAAUCACUUCGCCGGAGCAAGCUAACUCGGUAUUAGAGCAAGUCAACGAGAGAAGAAGAACUGCAGCAACGAAAUCCAACGACAAAUCAUCGCGAUCACACUCUAUUUUUAUACUUGAUGUUCAUGGGAUCAAUGUUUCUAGUAACAUCAAGACGUAUGGAACAUUGAACUUGAUUGAUUUGGCUGGCUCCGAACGUAUUAAUGUUUCGCAAGUUGAAGGAGAGCGGUUGAAGGAGACACAGGCGAUCAACAAGUCUUUAUCUUCGCUAGGGGACGUUAUCUCCUCGAUCAACUCAUCCCAGGCUUUGCAUAUUCCCUACAGAAACUCCAAGUUGACAUAUUUGCUAAAACAUAGUCUUGGAGGCAACUCCAAGACGCUAAUGUUUGUUAAUGUAUCGCCGUUGCAAUCUGAUUUCAACGAAACGCUCAAUUCGCUUAGAUUUGCUACAAAAGUGAAUAACACCAAACUUAAAAAAUGA